CCAAAAACUUGAAAAAACACACGAGAGAAAAAGAAAGCUUCUGGAAGAAGGGUGUGGACUUUCUGCAAAUCCCGUCUGUUAAGGAGUUGUCAUUCAGCUUCUCAAAGAAAGGCGCAGCAUUCGCACAAAAAGACUGCAGCUUUUUGCCCACCGAACCAGACCCAAUGACCGAAGUUCCAAGCUUGGUAUCGUCUCAUCCUCUUCGUCGGCUUCGGCUUUACGUUUUCUGUCAGCUCCACUCUGCAACAAGAUAGAGAGAGGGAGGAGAGAGAGAGAGAGAGAGAGAGAGUUGAGAAGACCCAGAGGAAGAAGAAGCAGAAGGGAGCUUGGAAAAGUAGGAGAGAAGAAAAAUGAGUUGAUUUGGGUUUGUGGGUCGUUUUCUGAUUGACUGAAUAAUCGAGUUUUGUUGGUGGGAGUUUGGCUAUGGCUUUUCGUCCAAUGUUUUGUUGCAGAGGGGGAUUUUCUCGAAAAGUACGAGGAAAGAAGCAGCCAACAUGGAGGGUCUUUUCCUUGAAGGAACUGCACGCAGCAACAAACAAUUUUAAUUAUGACAACAAACUUGGAGAGGGGGGAUUUGGAAGUGUUUACUGGGGUCAGCUCUGGGAUGGAUCACAAAUUGCAGUUAAAAGGUUAAAAGUCUGGAGUGACAAAGCAGACAUGGAGUUUGCUGUUGAGGUUGAGAUACUGGCACGAGUUCGACACAAGAAUCUGCUCAGUUUACGCGGCUAUUGUGCAGAAGGGCAAGAGCGUUUAAUUGUAUAUGACUACAUGCCAAAUUUGAGCUUGCUUUCCCACCUUCAUGGCCAGCACUCAGCUGAAUGCCUUCUUGAUUGGACCCGGCGGAUGAAUAUUGCAAUUGGGUCUGCUGAAGGAGUUGCCUAUCUUCACCAUCAUUUAACCCCACAUAUAAUCCAUAGAGACAUCAAAGCUAGCAAUGUGUUGGUGGAUUCAGAUUUCCAGGCUCAAGUUGCUGAUUUUGGUUUUGCCAAGCUAAUCCCCGAUGGUGCUACUCAUGUGACCACAAGAGUUAAAGGUACCCUCGGCUACCUUGCACCUGAAUAUGCUAUGUUAGGGAAAGCAUCAGAGAGUUGUGAUGUCUACAGCUUCGGCAUUCUCCUGCUCGAGCUUGCUAGUGGCAAGAAACCCAUUGAAAAAGUGAGUCGAGGAAUGAAACGUACGGUUACUGAUUGGGCACUGCCAUUGGCCUGUGAGAGGAAGUUUGAUGAAAUAGCGGACCCCAAACUCAAUGGAAAGUAUUUAGAGGAUGAGCUGAAAAGAGUUGUCUUUGUGGCUCUACUAUGUGCUCAUAGUUGGCCUGAGAGAAGACCGACCAUGCUAGAGGUGGUAGAGCUUCUGAAGGGAGAAUCAAAAGAAAAGUUAGCCCAACUAGAGAAUGACGAACUAUUUAAAACUCCCCAGGUUGCAGAAUAUAAUGAGGGGAAUGAUGGGGCAACAGCAGCUGAAGGAGAGAGCUCAGAUUUUAUCUCAGAUUUUAUCUCAGAGGAGAAAGACGAAAAAAAGGAUUUGAAAGAGGAGGCUGUGCCUGAGAUUGCACAUAAUGGCUGAGAAAGUGUGAAAAACAUGUAGAUGUGGGUUUGGAUUUAAGCUUAAGAUGAGGUUGAACUGGCUGUCAAUUUGUAGGAAUUGCCGGGGAUUAUAGCUGUCUUUUCAUCUACAAGCAUUGGUUUCGUGUUUUCGUGUUUUCGUGAGUGCCGUGUUAUCUGUGUGCAUUCCUGUUUUGCCUUUCACCCUUUUCUUUUAGGUUUGGUUUGAACAUCUCAAUGAAACGAGAACUGUUUUUAGUGUUUAUUGGCUGGCAUUUUUCAUCAGUCACCACAUCUCUAUUUGUUUGGCAACCUAGUGCAAAUACACAACGGAAAUGAUUAUUUUUCGUUGAUCCUGA